AUGUUCCCCAAAGCCGCCAAUUCGACGCCGGCCGUCCCUUCACGCAAUGCCCUCCGCGUCCUCCGCCAAUUGGCCUUCGCUGGCUCCGUGGGAACCUUCUGUACCGUUGGCGCCAUUACCUACGAUGUCCACCGACGGAUUCGCGUGGCUGAGCAGAUCAUUGAGAAUAAGCGUACAAUCCGGACAUCGGCACCAAAUUAUGAUGCCACGGCUUCUGCCAGACGCCUUGCACUCAUGAUGGACGCGGCAGAAGCUGGUGAGUUUCUGGGCUUAGAUUCUUUGAAGCACAAGCCGUCAUCUGGCAGCGGGAGCGAGGGGUCUCCGGUUGACAUUGACCAGAGCACCCUUGAACAAAAUAUUGACAACAACCUGCCUCCCCCUAUGACUCGGCCGACUCGGUAUCUUCGGCCUACAUUGGCAAUCCGCCCGACCUCGCUCAAGGCCCUCGCAACAGAAUUCCAAGAUCCGACAAGUAGCCACCAAAACCAAGUUGCAUUGGCUAGAGAGCUUGAAGAGGACGAAGCUCGACGGGUAAAGGGUCGGCCUACACUGGAAGAAUCAAUAAGGGAUAGAUUGGUGGAACGACGGGCGGUGGAUGCUGCCAAUCUGUUUCUCAAGGGGACAUCCUCAAAUGAAGUAAUCUCAUGGAACAGGCGAGCGCUUGGCUAUGAGAUCUACACAGCGAAUUGUUUGCAAGGCAAUGUGUUUAUUGCUCGGUCUAUUUUUAAUCGCAUCGAAAAGGUGUCAAUUGUGGACACAAAUCUGUGGGCUACCAUGAUACAUAUGCUUGCAAAGGCAGGUCAUGUCGAAUCUGCGGCGGUGGUAUAUGAUAAGUAUCGUUUCAAGUUCACUAUUCCGGUCUAUUUGCUGGAAGUCACUCUUCGGUGUCUUAUUGAAUCCAACCGGCUGAGUGCUGCUAAGUGGCUCUUCUACUCAAGUAUCAAAUAUGACGAGAGUGGUGGCCUUUGCGGAGCAUAUCUUGAUGGCCUCUGGAGAAAGACUCACAACGUUGAAUUGAUCAGCAAGGAAUUUCGAAAGAUUUUGGGCAGUCUUACCGAACUCGAACGAAAUCCAACCGAAAAGGUCUUUAAUGCGCUGGUCAAAGCAUUUGUUGAUGCGGGUCAAUAUGAGGAUGCGGAAGCCAUCAUUCGUGACAUGGAAACAAAGCACGGCGCCAAACCCGGCUGCCGUACUCUCGGUCUUUUGUUGUAUGGCAAAGCCUUACAAUGUGAUUGGAUCGGUGUCCUCCGCGGAAUGCGUGAGAUGCAUGAACUUGGAUUCACAAAGCAGAAACAGAACUUUUGCCAGGUCUUUGACCGGCUCUGGCUAGAGUUUUGGCCCUCUCACUCUGGGUCUGAAAUUUGGAGUUUUCUUGAAAACUGCAUCAUCGAGUUCAACCUUAAGCCUGAUAAGGUUCUUCACCGACACUGCAUUGAAGGAUUAGUAGAACGAUGUGAGCCCGAGAUUCUGACAAAGUUCACUCUCAUGGCUGACGAGCGCCAAUGGAAUACUGGAAUCGACCACGAUGCAACCAUGAGAAUCUUAGAAGCACGUCGGCUGGCUAUGCAAAAUACGCCAGUAGGUUUCUGGAAAAUGCUCCAGUCGGCGAAGAAACAAUAUGGAAUGGUCUCCAUGUCUCGGCGUAUCAUGGGCGUUGGCGCUGAAUACUAUAACAUCGAAAAGGACAAAUUGACCCCAAUCGGUGAUCAAGCCAAGCGAUCGGAAUCUCAUAUUGUCAAGACUCUUUCCAAGAGCUCCGUCAAUUUAUAUGUUCCGAUGCACAAGCGAAUGGAGCAUUAUAUCCAUGUUGGCAAAUUCCUCGAGGUACAAGACCUCUUUCAGCAAGGUGUCGAGAGAGGCUUCACCCCCAAGCCGCUUCACAUCCAGCUUGUCGCCAUUGCGACUCUUCUCCACGGAGGCAAGAGCGGUCUUGAAGAUGCCCAAAACAUAAUCAAGAAGCACUGGACGGAAUUCACCAAACAGCCAUCACACCGAUAUACCGAGCGCACGCCGCGUUUCGCCCCAAUUUUUUUCCAGCAGGUGAUGCAGCUGGACCGCCGUAUGGUCAGCGAAAGCACAUUGAUCAAACUGGCUCUCUUCGAAUUUUACGAAAUUUGUGCCCAAAAUGAGAGAUUAACUGUCAAGCAUCACUGCUCAGCGGCUGUUGCUCGUCGCAUGAUCUCGCUCCGCCGUCCCCUCGUCGCUGUGAACCUCCUCGAGGCCAUCUACAUGUCCAAAUGGCGCAAAACUUACGGCUUCGAUCAAGUCCAGCUCAAGAUGUUUAUUCGUGCCUUCACAUAUGUCAACAAUCCCCGCGGCGUGUGGUGGUGCAUAAUGACACUUCUUGCUCGCGGAGAAUCAAUCCGUCGCGACUUUGUCGUUGAAGUUGAACGUCUGAUGUCUGUGUGGGAAUCGAGAUUUUCUCCGUCUGUCGUGGAGACACUGCGAGGGCUUGUUGCCGUUCUGAAACAGAAGCAUGACGGAAGCCAGUACUGGAUGGAUUUCACUACAGAUCCCGAGCUGAAGAAGCAGUCGCGGGCUCGGCUUUGCAACCCACCGGGUAAAAGCCAGGAGCUGCCCAUGUCUACGACGAUCGAAGAGACAAUCAAGGCAUUUGACGAAGAGAUGGAAUUUGACUAUGUCAUUGACCGAAAGAAGUUCACCAAGAGAGAGUUGGAUUAUUGGUGGAGCGAGCGUAUGGUGGUGCAAUCCAAUCGCCGACAACCAGAGCAUCCCGAAUAUCCUGUACAACCUCAAACAGUGUCGGUAUCGCUGUAA